AACCCCUGGAAGAGAAUGGUAAAGCAGAGGGUGGUGAGACUGGAGAUGGUUCCGUUGCGGAAGAUGGCGCGGUGGCGGCCAAUGGUGUGACGACAGAGGUCGCUGCUCCGCAAGAAACCAACCUUAUCCAACUGGAUGAUCCAGUGAGCGAUGAACCGGAUGACAUAAUAUUUGAGGAUUUUGCUCGCCUAAGGCUCAAAGGAGAAACAGACGCGUGAAGGAGAAAAAAAAAAUACAACGAAGAACAAUGAAAGUUCCAAAGAAGAAGAAAGAGGAGGAGGAAUUUUGAAAGGAAACGAAUUCAAAGAAAGAAAAGUGGGAGGAAUUUGUCCCAUCCUGUUUUCAAGUUGCUUCCUCGCACUUGAGUCGAGGACUACGUGAAGUCGGUGGCGUGUGGA